AUGACAACACGUCGGGGCCUGUCUGUGCGGAGCGGGGACGAGACGCCAGUCCUACCCAGCCACUUCCUCUCCGCUCCCACGGGGCUGGGCCGGAGGGCUGCGGGAAGAUGGCGGGGGGCACCUGGCGCCAGGUGGGCGCCGGGCUGCGGCGGCGCGGCGGGGGGAGGGCAGGGGAGGGGGCCCGGCCUGAGCGCCGCCCGCCCCGCCCCGCCCCGCCCCUCCGGCGCUGGCCCGGGGAGCGCCGCCGCCCGGUCCCUCCCGCCCUCCGGCCGUGCUGUUACCUGCCGCCGCCCGCGGACGGAGCCCGGGGGAGCGUCCCAGCCGCAGCUGCGGGCCGCCGCCGCGCAGCGCCCAGGCCCCGCCGCCAGCCGGGGGGCAGGGGCGGGCCCGGGGCGGGCCUGUGUUUCCAUGGCGAUCGCCUCCCGGCCCGGCGGAACUGUGGCGAUACUACGGGGCGCCCUCGCCCCGCCCUGCCCGGCGCCACCGCCCCCUUCCUCUUCCUCGUCCGGGAGGGUCCGCUUGGCGCCGGCCGACCAAGGGGAGCUUUGUCCCGCUGAGCUCGGCCGCGAGCGGGCGCUGCCGGGUCCGGGGCCGCGACCUCUGUGGCGGCGGGCGUGGGCGCUGGGGUGCGGGCCUGUUCCUGUGGCAGCGCGGUGCAGCCGCAUGGGCGGCUGCUUGUUCCGUUCCACUGUUAAGGCUUCUCUGCCCACAAAAGUUUCUGCAGUGAAGAGGAUCCAUGUUGAGUAUGCUGCAAAUGCAGAUGUGGAAAAAAGCCGUGAAACGCUGGUCUCCGAAGUGGCUUGGGAAAGCGCUACAGGUCAGCAAGUGGGUCUAGUACAGACACUCUGGGAGAUCACAAAUCGAUGGUCAACCCAGGAGGAAUCAGCAACAAGAGGCAAAGCCCCCACUAUUUGGUCCCAUGCUCUGGAGAGAAAAGAGAGAAGAGGAAAUGAAGCUUAAGCUCAGGUCUCACUUCAGGUGAGGAUAGAGGAUGAACUAUUCUGUGAUUCUGUGAAGGAUGCUGGCUCCGUUUUCUUAUUCAGGAUCUCAGUUAUGACUAGCUAAAAAUGCUGCUGGCCUUCCAAGCAAAAGCUAAGACCCAGAUAAAGCCAAAGACUGUCCCAAAUACUUCCUUUUUAGAUCAUACCAUGGCAAGAUUUGAGGGCCUUUAUGUACUAGGAGUUGUGAAAUGCUGAGUGAAGUACAUCCGCUCUUAUAUGCAAUUUAAGAGUAAAGUCAUCUGGGCUGGGAUAUUUACUGUGCAUGUUUUAGCUCAGGAGAACGUCCAUUGCCAACAGCAGAAUUCUUCUGUCCUCGGAAGAGGACAGAGCUGGGAAGGAUUUGAGGCACUGAGGUAAGGUGCGUUUUUGUACCCAGGGCUCUGCUGGCACCUGAGGUAACUGCUCUCCUGUACUCAUCGCUGCUCUAUUGGAGGCUGGUAUGAGUUAGCUGAACUGAUCAUCAGCUGGCGAAGAACUGCUGCUUCAAUUGAUUAACUGGCCCUGUCUGAAAUGAAGUAGGAAACCAGGCCUGUAGAUCUGAGUAGGCAUGAAGGGUGAUAAACCGCAGCUGGUAACUGUAACCUCUUCAACAGUGUAAGCACAGCCAAAAGAAGACACCCAACCACACCUUGAGCAGUAAAGAAUCUGCAGAACAUUUUUAUAUGUUCUUGGGCAUCAAUUAGGACUAUACAGUCCCAUUUGGCCAGCUUCAGGUUUGCCUUAUCUAUGCCAUGAAACUACAUUAAGACAAGAGCUACAGAGCUUCAGUUUAGACACUACGCAACUGGGAGGGAUGUAGCACGGCCUUCAGCCUUAGUGCUCAAGACUUACACGCAGACACAGGCUUCCAAGUCUUUUCUGUCUUCCCGUAGGACUGCAGGCAAGCAUGUCAUCAUGCCUCAGUUCCUCAGUCUGUAAAAGGGGAGCAGUUUUUAAUCACCAAAUAUGGCCAUGGUGAAGGUAAAUUAAUUACUGCAAGUAGAGAGGGUUGCACUCUCUGAAGACAGGUAUUAAACAAAAGUAAAGAUUUAUUACUCAAAGAACAUGAGAGGUCUAUUUGAACUUUGUUCAGGAGACUGCAGUAUUUAUGGAUUAGUAGCUUUGGCAGGGGGAGAGAUUGGGCUGGUGACCUCAGAGAAGUAAACUGUGGGAAGAUGUGUGUGAAGGCAUUCAUGUUGGUGCUAACGUUAUUGUAAAUCUUGAUCCUUUAAUAAAGCUGUGACCUUGGAGUUGACAACUAGUAUGCCAUGGAGCAAUAUAUAGCAUGGCACCAACAUGGUAAAUCUUAGGUAGCUUCUGCCAUUGACGUCGACAACAUGUAAAAAGAAAUCAGGCAGUUGAAGUUCAUGAAACACAUUUAUUUGAAGGAAAGCAUUUUAAAUCAGACAUUUUAGCCGAAGUCAAUGGCCCUGCCAGCUUUUUAUUCCUCAUGAUAAAAUGUGUUUGUGAAAUGAAAUCUCGAUGGUGAAAACUUGUAGAAUUUCUCAUCACAUUUUGCAGUUUUCUGGGGGCAACUGUCACUGGAAAAGUACAUUUUUGAUCAUUUUUGCACAGCUGCUGUACAACUUUGUAUAACUACUUUUUGUACAAUAGCUGCUUGGUACAACUAUUAUUUUGCUGGCUUUCCUGACUGCUGCUGAUGCAAGAAGAGUACAUCUCCUCUUCAGUGUGCAAUGGGCAGCAACCUGGAGUUCUGUCGGAGCCAUUGGAGAUGCAUAAGGAGAAGAGGAAAGAGAAAAUUGUAUAACUGCAUAGUGAUCAGGAGGUGCCAUGUGGAAGGGGAUGAACAUCCUUUGCUUUUGCCAGGUGUAUCAGUACUACCUACAAAGAAUGCUUGCAGCCAUUGACAGAACUAAAAAGAACUCUCCUUCAGUGCUAACUUAAUUCCUGUAUACAAAAAGUUCUCAAUUUUUUUUUUUUUUAGAUGUGCAAGAAACCAGAAGUCCAAUAAUUUAGACCAUCAAUCUAUUUGGUUACUUUGCUUCCGGAAGGACAGAUAUUUGUUUAAUUACUCAAACGUUCCCACAAAUAAAUAGAAAAAAUAUCAAGUGAAUAUUAUUUCACUUUUUGCUAUUCUUUUAAGAUGAAUUUCACUUACAAACCUUGCUAACUCUGAGCCUCAUCUUGCAUACACUGUAAAUGGAAACUUAUGUGCUUUCUUAUGGGGCCGAUAGUACUGCUUUUGACAGCAGGUAGCAUGCCCAAUACUGCUUUUCUGUUUUUUUGUUCCAAUUUCUUUACUACUGUAGUGUCUGCAAAGCUGUUGCUUGUCACCUGCCUUCAGCACUACAUUGUCAUUAUGGAUGUUCAAAAGACCAGCAUGCUCUUGGAAUGGAGUUACAAUCAAAUGGGAGAGGCUGGUUUAUUAAAAGAUUAUUAAAAAUUGAAAUAGCAAAAAGGAUAGAGACUUUAAAUUCUGUACAUUAGAAACAUUUUAAUAAUUGUGUCAAAAUUGAUCCUAAUAUUUAAUAGACAAAACUAAAGCCAUUUGAACUUCAAGACUUCAGUCACUGUAGAGUUGUUAUAUCCUGAUCCACGAAUAUAGUGGGUUCCUAAAAGAGAAUGAAAAGAACAAAAAAAGUGAACUUUCAACAUAUUUAUAUACAUGAGUAUAUAUAUAUAAUAUUAUAAAUAUAAACAUAAAUGAGUGUGUAUAUACAUAUUUAAAUAUAUAUAAAUAUGUUUUGUAAAAAUAUAUACAAUAAAUGUAUAAAUAAGAAAAGCUGUCCGUCUUAAUUAGGGAAUGUCAUCAGUCUCUUAGUAUUUGCCUAUUACCAGUGGUUGUACUUGGAAACUGUUUCUGAGGAAAAAAUUAUUAGAAAUGAGCCAACUAUAUUUAGACUAUUAUUGUCUUAUUCAUUCUGGAAAUAAUCAAUUCUUUCAAGUAAUUUUUUUAAAACAAACAUACUUCUCCCCCAAGAAAAAUAGCAAAAAGCUGCUAACUUAUCAAAACGCUGUUGUGUCUACAAAGAGGUCACAUGGAGCUAAGUUCCUAAAAUGUAAUAACUGCAGUUGAAAUGUAUUAUUUUGCCAAAAUAGCAUACAUUUUAAGUACAACUUGAGCAUUAUGAUUUAAAAAUAUUAGUACUAGAUUGAUACUGAAAUCUACAAAACACUAACAAGUUCUAAUUUAAAAAAAUCAGAGAAUUAUUCUACCAGUUUGACUUUACUGUGUUGGGUUAACAAACUCAAAAGCACUUUGCAAUGUCAUAAUCUUGGUAUAGCAUUUCUAAGCUCCUAUACAGGUCCAUAUUUUCCUAUACACUGUUCACAAGUUCUCAAAUGAACUCUCAUUUCACUCAGACAUAGCUAAGAGAUGAGAAACAGCAGCUUGCUAUGUUUUAUACCAUGACACAUUCACACAUUGUCCUGACUAUUUUUUUGGUUAAAAGCCUUAUAUCAACAUUGCAGCUGUAAUUAGGGAAGAAUGUGUUUCCUUCUACUACUGGCACAACUCUUCAAGCAGUACUGAAAUAUACUAUCUAACAAUAGUGUUCAACUUAUGAAAUUUAAGGGAGUGAAAUAAUUAUUAUUUUGUAGUGAUUUCAUUUGUUCUUCACAUUGGCCUUUAAUAUUUUAGAAUGAAAUUUUGGAGGUAGUAAGGAUACAUUUCUAGUUUGGGGGGUAGACAUGCCAAGUUCACAUCUUCCUCUGUAUUUUAUGGUGAAAAUCUAGACCAACUGUUAAAAACAAAAGUUUCCCAAUUUGAUAGUCCACUUCUGACCUCAGUGAAGUCAGCAGCAAAACAUUUUACAGAUUCACUGGAGAUACGAUUUGGGUUUUAUGUUGCUGCUGCUACAAGCUAUCCCAUUUCCUUUAACCCAGAACCUGUGCAUGACAGACCUUGUGAAGCACGAUCAUGAGUGCUGUGGUUUAACACAGCAGCAUCUCAGCACCAUACAGUCAUUUGCUCACUCCCCCCUCGUGGGUUGAGAUAGAACUAUUUACUAAGAUAGAGAAAAGGAAAAGGACAAUAUUAUGACAUACAUAUAUAUGAAUGUACGUAUCAAGUGAUGCACAAGAAAUUGCUCACCAUCCCCUGACUGAUGCCAGCUAGCUCCCCGAGAGGCAGAAGAGAGCGAGAUGAACUCCCACCCUCUUCAAAACUCCUUCCGCAUGAUGUCAUAUAGUAUGGAAUAUCCCUUUGGCCAGUCUAAGUCAGCUGUCCUAAUUCUGCUCCCUCCCAGAUCCUUGGGCCCUCUGCUGAGAAUGGCCUUGGCUCUGUACAACACUGCUUAGCAACAGCUAUAAACACAUCUGUGUUAUCAACAUUGUUUUUUUU